GUCUACCCGUGGUGUGAAGAAGAACGAGUGGAACAUUCUGCGGUUGUCCACCCACCUCAGCACGAACGAACGUGCUCGGGGAAUGUGGGGCAUUUUGCUGCAGCUGGGUGCCCCUCACUCAAAUGCAAGCAUCAUGAGAGGGAAAGUCAAGUCAUGACAUGCGUACACUUUUUUUAUUUUUAAACGCGUACAUCACCUCACUCUUACUCACGGAUCUACAUACAUCCAACACCACACCACACUCCCUCACGAUAUCGAGUAGCACAACAAAUCCCAAGCUGCAUUGAUCUGAAACGUACGUGCACAUAGCAUCUUGCUUGUGAGUCGCUUCUUCCCUACUCACAAGUACGCCCCCCUUCUACCCCUCCAUCAGCUGAUGAGAAUGUUGUGUGUAGUAAGGAAAGCUCGGUGAACAAGGACUCUCGGCAAGUUGAGGUUGCUAAGACUGCUUGCAUAUGCGGCCCGGCCUCGCAUAUAGAUUCUCGAGAUCGCUCAAGAUGGCUCUGCAUCCGCCUCCCGAGAGCGAGAAGCUCAUUUUCGCACCCUCGGGCUCCUCCCAAAACACCCGCGCCUCCCAAUUCACCCUAGGCCGCCUCUCCCUCCCCGCCCUCCACCCCACCUCGCCAACCCACCAAUUCAACACCUGGUUCACAGCAGCCCAAGAAACCCACGCCGUCCCGCACCCCGAAACAUGCACCCUCUCCACGGCACACCUCCCCUCCGGCCGCGUCUCCGCCCGCAUGGUCUACCUCAAGGAGCUCGACAGCAAGGGCGGCUUCGUAGUCUACACCAACCUCGGCACGUCCCGCAAAGCGGCCGACCUCGAGACAAACCCCCACGCGAGCCUGACGUUCUGGUGGGAGGCGCUGCAGAGGCAGGUGAGGGUUGAAGGCACGGCGGAGAGGUUGAGUAGGGAGGAGAGUCAGGUGUACUACGACACCCGCGUGCGCGGGAGCCGGAUCGGGGCGUGGGCUUCGCGGCAGAGUCAGGUGUUGGAGCCGCGGGAGGGCAUGAAGGGCGAGGGCGGGGAGGGGCAGGAUGAUGGGAGGGCGCAGUUGGAGGGGUGGGUGAAGGAGGUGGAGGAAAAGUUUGAGGGCCAGGACACGAUUCCGGUGCCUGAGUUUUGGGGCGGGUUGAGGGUUGUGCCGGAGAGGGUUGAAUUUUGGCAGGGGAGGGAUAGUCGGCUUCAUGAUCGGUUUGUGUAUGACAAGGUGGAGGGCGAGGAGGAUACGUGGACGAUUAAUAGGUUGAGCCCGUAGGCGGUGAUGGUGUAGUCACUAGGUAUAAGACAUGGUUAUGUUGUCAUUGUUCAGAGUCACGACGUAUUAUCACAAGCAACUCAUCAAACG